GUUGCAAGCGUCUUUGUACAGUUAAGAGCAGUGGAAAUUUCCAGGCGCUUUAUUCACGGCUUUGUCUGGGGAGGUGAUAAAACGAAGGAUACGAACACUUUGAAACUGUAUUAAAAACAGAAUAAAACCAUCGUUUUGGACAAUAUUUACUGGCUUAACUACAAACAUUUGAAUCUACAUCGCUUCUUUUUCGCUUCUCCAGUCUUCAGUGGUUCCAUAAAGAGUCAACAUGUCUCAGCAGCAGAUCAGCCUUCCUGCCAAACUUAUUAAUGGUGGUAUUGCCGGCAUUGUUGGGGUAACUUGCGUCUUUCCCAUUGACUUGGCAAAGACCAGGCUGCAGAACCAGAGAAGUGGACAGCAAGUCUACAAGAGCAUGAUGGACUGCCUGGUUAAGACUAUUCGAUCAGAGGGAUACUUUGGAAUGUACAGAGGUGCGGCUGUAAAUUUGACUUUGGUUACCCCUGAAAAGGCCAUCAAGCUCGCAGCGAAUGACUUCUUCCGCCAUCACCUUUCAAAGGAAGGAAAAGGGUUGACUGUGCUCAAAGAAAUGCUGGCGGGUUGUGGUGCAGGCAUGUGCCAAGUGGUUGUGACUACCCCCAUGGAAAUGCUUAAGAUCCAGUUACAGGAUGCAGGCAGGAUUGCGGCCCAGCAACAGAAACCGGUCAUGAUGUCUCCCACCAAACUUGUGGUGACAAAUGCAGUGCUCAGCCGCUCAUUCAACUCCGGCCCUGUAGUGUCAACGCCGAGAGCCGUGUCGGCCACGCAGAUCGCCAAGGAACUCCUGCAGACACAGGGCAUCCAGGGCCUCUACAGGGGCCUGGGGGCAACACUGAUGAGGGAUGUUCCUUUUUCUAUUGUUUACUUCCCGUUGUUUGCCAACCUGAACCGCCUGGGUAAACCCAGUCCUGAAGAGUCCUCACCCUUCUACUGGGCCUUCCUCUCUGGGUGUGUUGCAGGAUCUACUGCUGCUGUUGCUGUCAAUCCUUGUGAUGUGGUGAAGACCAGGCUGCAGUCCCUCAACAAAGCCGCAAGUGAGGAGAGCUACAAUGGCGUUAUGGAUUGCGUGAGUAAAAUCAUGCGGAAGGAGGGACCGAGUGCCUUCCUGAAGGGCGCCGGCUGCCGGGCCCUUGUCAUUGCACCACUGUUUGGAAUUGCACAAGUUAUGUAUUUUGUGGGCGUCGGUGAAUAUAUCCUGGACAACUUUUCUCCACGUUUCCUGUCUGUCUGAGCUGCAUCAGCAGGCCACGUACUCACCGGACCCAGUUAAAACUGGCAGCUACAUUCAACCCGUUUACAGCAAAAAAGAACUCCUGACGCACGAGUUUAUUUUUAUUAAUAAUCUCUAGUUUGACAGCUGUGUUGCAUUUGCACGCUCUUGUGACUUUAAAGCUGACUGAGCCCACUGUUUGCACUUGAAUCUGUUGGUCUUUUAAGGUUGUGGACUCAGAAUUGCAGUAUUUUUCUGUCCUAGUCCCAAAUCAUUCAUGUCCAGAUUCCCUCUGUGAGGGAGUGGAAUUCACUCAGAGCUAUUUUUGUGUUUAUUGUUUUGAUUAUUGUCUUUGCUAUUUUUAUAAAUGGGAUAUAUUUUACUUCUUUUAUAUAUAUAUAAAUAUAUUUUCUUUUUCCCGAAUAUCCGUUAUCACAUAGAGCCUU